AUGACCCCACUCGACCAACAUGUUCGGUUGACUUAUGAGGAUAUCCAUAGGACUAUCGCUGAUGCUUCAGAAACGAUUCGGGAUCAACCUGAAAUCAUGAUCGCCAUUGGAGGCGGCGGGUUUUUUCCGGCUAGAGUAUUGCGCACUUUCCUGAAAGAUUCGAGCAAGAAAAACAUCCCGAUCCAGGCCAUCGGAUUAUCGCUAUAUGAGGAUUUGGGGACGACUGACGAGACCGAUGGGCUGCCGAAUACCGAGGAAAAAGUGGGCAAGGAAGUGGUCAGAACUCAAUGGCUCGACUUUACCACUCUAGGACGAAACCCACUACUAGGAAAGAGGAUAUUGAUAGUUGACGAAGUAGACGACACCCGGACGACGCUCUCCUAUGCGAUCCACGAGCUGGAGAAGGACGUGCAGAGCCAACUGUCCAAGCUGAGUCCGGACGAACAGGCUAAGUUCCCGGCCACCCAAUUCGCCAUCUUUGUCGUCCAUAAUAAGGACAAACCCAAGGCAGGUAGCAUCCCUGAACACAUCAAAUAUUUUGCUGGCAAGACGGUCGGAGAUCAUUGGAUCGAUUAUCCAUGGGAGGCUAAGGAUAUUGAUGCCCAUAACAAGUUGGCCGAUGCCCCUGGCUCUCAAAAGCUAUCGUGA